AUGUCCCAAACCUUGCACCUCGCUUCCUCUCAGCACAGCACCCAGCCAGCGUUGCCCCGGCGCCAUUGUGAGGUCACAAACUGUGACCACCACCACUCCCCUCCACCCCUGCCACCAUCUUGUGCCUUUUCUCUCCAGUGCAAAGCAGCCCACAUGCCCUCUCCUUGCCUGAAAUCUCCCACCCUGUGGAUAGCCCUUACCCCCAGCAUGUGCACCAGGCAGGAGCUGUGUGAGCCAGAGAAGGUGUCUUUCAUUUGCAGCCUACUGUACCAGUCCCUUCCUGGGGAGUCUGGCCAGGCUGUCCCACAUCUCUCUGCUCAAGGCCUAGAUGACAAGCUGGUAAGGCAGGAGGCUGCCUGCAUGGGGCACAACAAGAACAUCGCCCCCCUCCAAAUAAACAGGCACUCUGUGCUACUGACCCACUGCAACAGCUUAGGGAGAAACUGUUUCUUUGACCGUCAGGACAAAUUCUCUUUUGAGUUUGACCACCUAUGUGGGGUAACCAGCAAACCCCAGCUGGCCAGUGUGUUGCCAGCUGAGGAGGAAGUGUGGUGAGAGGCCCUCCACAAGUGCUUGAAGGCCUACGUGAGUUGCCACGUUCCUCUAGGGAGCUGCUGUGUGUUCAAUAAAAUCCUGAAGAGGCAGCUGUUUGUGGCCUGCUCUGCGGCUCAUCAGUACCCACCUUCAAAUCAGUGGAACAACCUUUGGAAGUCAGACUGGACUUCUGUCCUGACUCCAUUUUCCACUCAUGUUACAGGGAUCUUUCUCCUCCAGAUACACUACCUCAGAGACGCCAGACUCCACGUAGCUGUCAGCAAGGCUGUGAGUGAGACGUUAAAUGUGAUAGACCAAAGUCUGUUUGCCACAGAUUUUGUGAAAUUUGUGAAAAUAAAGGACACCAAGUUUCAUAUUGCCAUCCUGAAAAACAUUCAGGCUUUGUCAGAGGAAAUAUGGGGGGAAAAUCUGCCAAGGAAACUACCUGUUACUUGCACUUUUAUGAAGUGGAAUAAAAUAUUGAAUGAGCAAUACAGAGGUGCCUCCAUGGUUAGUGAAACACACUAUUUUAUAUAG